GUGUUGUUGGUGUAAUUUGACGCUCGUGGAGGGUUUGCCAUCAUCACAUGGUGGAAAUUUCCACGCGCUCCUCCCACAAACGGGUCUGAUCUCGAGGAGCGCCGCCAGUUUCUCUUCAUCCUGCGAGGUUUACGCUGACUCCUUGAAGGAUCCAGUUCUUUUCCCAAAGACGAAAUCCUCUGCUGUGAACAUGGACCGUCUGGAGCUGAAGAAAGUGAGCAUGGAGGCGGACGAUGAAAGCAGCGUGGACGAUCGCUUCACGCCCAUCGACUCAGAGAAGGCCAGCCAGUUCCUGGAUGAGGACGACGCAGAGAGUCAGAAGUUUCUCACCAAUGGCAUCAUGAAGAAGAAGAAAUAUGAUGAAGAAGAAUAUCACCCGGGUCACGCGUCGUUUGGGAUGUCCGUCUUUAAUCUCAGUAACGCCAUCAUGGGCAGUGGAAUUCUGGGAUUGUCUUUCGCCAUGGCCAACACUGGCAUCAUACUGUUUGUCAUUCUCCUGCUUGGAGUCGCUAUCCUGUCGCUUUACUCCGUUCAUCUGUUACUAGUGACGGCCAAAGAAGGAGGCUCGCUGAUCUACGAGAAGCUCGGAGAAAAAGCGUUUGGAUGGCCGGGAAAAAUGGCAGCCUUUGGAUCGAUAACUCUGCAGAAUAUAGGAGCCAUGUCCAGCUACCUGUUCAUAGUCAAAUACGAGCUGCCGGAGGUGAUUCGAGCUUUUCUCAGGCUGGAGGAGAGCUCUGGUGAGUGGUAUCUGAACGGGAAUUAUUUGGUGGUGUUUGUGUCUAUCGGCAUCAUUCUCCCGCUGUCUCUGCUGAAGAACCUCGGGUAUCUCGGGUACACCAGCGGCUUCUCUCUCUCAUGCAUGGUGUUCUUCGUGGGAGUGCUGAUCUAUAAGAAGACGAUCCUGCCCUGUCCUCUGCCGUUCUUCUACGAGCACGAGUCAAACAUGAGCAUGAACGGCUCGGACGCUCUGGGUCUGUACACGCUGCAGAACGCCUCGGCACUGGCCUCUGUAUCAGCAGUGAACGGACCUCACCUGGAUCCUCACACGCCGGUCCACAGCGCCGUCCAGAUCACGCCUCACCCCGAGGACGUCGAGGACAUGUGCACACCCAAAUACUUUGUGUUCAACUCACAGACUGCGUACACCGUCCCCAUCCUCGCCUUUGCUUUCGUGUGUCAUCCUGAAGUUCUGCCCAUCUACAGUGAACUCAAAGAUCGCUCUCGGAGGAAGAUGCAGAGGGUCUCGAACCUGUCCAUCUUGGCCAUGCUGGUGAUGUACCUGUUCUCCGCCCUGUUCGGCUAUCUGACGUUUUAUCAGAUCAUGUCGAGGCAGAGCUGCUUCACACCUUCACCAAGGUCUACAAGUUUGACACGAUGCUUCUGCUGGUGCGUUUGGCUGUGCAUUCGUUCGUCAGUCAUCACGCUGUGUUUCGCUGGAAAGGAGUUCAGCUGGAUCCGACACAUCCUCAUCGCCGCCGCUAUACUGGCCUUCAACAACCUCCUGGUGAUCUUCGUCCCCACCAUCAGAGACAUCUUUGGCUUCAUCGGUUCGUCUGCGGCCACCAUGCUCAUCUUCAUCCUACCGGCGGCGUUUUACCUGCGGCUGGUCAAGAGCUUACCGUUCAGAUCACCGCAGAAAAUAUCUGCAACUAUUUUCCUGGUGGUGGGCAUCUUCUUCAUGAUCGGGAGCUUGUCUCUGAUCGUCUUGGACUGGAUCCACAAAACAUAUCGGCUAAUGAACAAAGCUCCUGCAAACACUAAGAUGAGUAGCUUUAACAUUGCUCCAGACAUGGACUGCAGCAGUUCCAACAGCAACGAGUACUCGAGUUAUCAGGACUGUCCCGCCAAAGUUCCCCUCAAUGGAAUGCAGUAUACAGACAUGGACGCAGAAAGCCAGAACUUCCUCACUGAUCAUCAACUGGGAAAGAAGAAAUAUGAAGCUGAAUAUAGCCCUGGUUCGGCGUCGUUCGGUAUGUCUGUGUUUAACUUGGGCAAUGCCAUCAUGGGAAGUGGAAUCCUGGGACUUUCCUACGCCAUGGCCAACACUGGCAUCGCCAUGUUUGUGAUCCUGCUGGUGGCCGUGGCUAUUUUCUCCCUCUACUCAGUCCAUUUGCUGCUAAAAACGGCCAAUGAAGGAGGUUCUCUGGUGUACGAACAGCUGGGGUACAAGGCGUUUGGGAUUCCCGGGAAACUGGCGGCGUCCUGCUCUAUCACCAUGCAAAACUUUGGAGCAAUGGCAAGCUACCUCUACAUCGUGAAGUACGAGCUGCCUAUCGUCAUUAAGGCCUUCUUGGACUCUAACGACAAUGCGUGGUACACUAACGGAGAUUAUCUGGUGCUGCUCGUCACUGUGGGCAUCAUACUGCCGCUCUCGCUGCUUAAAAACCUGGGUUAUCUGGGAUACACUAGCGGUUUCUCCUUGUUGUGCAUGGUGUUCUUCCUCAUUGUGGUGAUCUACAAGAAGUUCCAGAUCCCCUGUCCGUUACCGGAGAACUUCAUUAACAUCACAGUGAACGUCUCUCAGCCGCAGGUCAACACUACUGAUGAAGAGUGCUGCAAACCCAAGUACUUCGUCUUCAACUCACAGACUGUGUAUGCGGUGCCCAUCCUGACCUUUGCGUUUGUGUGCCACCCGGCAAUUCUGCCCAUGUACGAGGAGCUCAAAGAUCGUUCCAGAAGAAAGAUGCAGAACGUUGCAAAUGUCUCGUUCCUGGGAAUGUUUGUCAUGUAUCUGUUGGCUGCUCUUUUUGGAUACCUGACCUUCAACGAGGCCGUUGAACCCGAGCUCCUGCACACUUACUCAAAGGUCUACAAUUUCGACGUGGUGCUUCUGAUCGUGCGUUUUGCCGUCCUGACCGCCGUGACGCUGACGGUGCCUGUGGUUCUCUUCCCGAUCCGCACCUCAGUCAACCAUCUGCUCGGUGCCUCCAAAGAGUUCAGCUGGCCGCGUCACAUCUGCAUCACCGUCGCUCUGCUCGUCUGCGUCAACAUCCUCGUCAUCUUCGUUCCCACCAUCAGAGACAUUUUCGGAUUCAUCGGUGCGUCCGCUGCUGCUAUGCUGAUCUUCAUUCUUCCCUCGGCCUUCUACAUCAAACUGGUGAGGAAGGAGUCCAUGAAGUCUGUCCAGAAGAUGGGGGCCACUUUGUUCCUGAUCGUGGGAUUCAUGGUGAUGAUUGGCAGCAUGGCUUUGAUCAUCACGGACUGGAUCCACAACGCAGGAUCUUCAGACGAGCACGCCGACGGCCACUAGUGGGCGUGUCCUAACCCUGAUUGACAGGCAGAUGGGCGGAGCCGAGCCGCUUACGCUGCAACUGAGAACAAGAAGAAGCUGCUCUAUUUUCAGCGAAGAGCAAAGACAAACAUCCCAUUCUGAGAGAAUGUCCUGAACUUUGUACAGUAUGCUGUUAGGCCACACAGAUGGUACUCCACUCGUAUUGUUGUGCUUCUUUUUUCGUUGAUUUGCUUUUAUUUUGUGUUGUUCUUCCGGUACAGCUGACUUUUUCGGUGUUACGCUGCACAACCAAAACUGAUUUCACGAUCAACACUGAGCGGAGCGGAGCCUCUGCAGAUGCGUGUUCGAUCCGUUUCUACCUUUGCCAAAAAUAUCGGUGUUUGUAUGUAGAAAAGCACUUACUCUUUUUCAGCAAAUGUAAAAGAAGUGUAAUUUCGCACAUUUUGGCUGUGCUUUAAACGCAUUCGUAACGAUGUCAUUUAUACUGUACUACUUGAGUCAGCUUUACCUGUCGUGUAGAUCUACUAAUGAGGAAAUGUUGAUUUGUAGUUGUUGAUUUCAGACAGGUGGAACGGCUGAAUGAAUUUACUGUAACUUAUUUAAACCCGGACGUCAGCGAUGGGUGCUUUACUGUCAACAUGAGACGCAGCGAACAGGGAACGUUUACAGAACGUUCUAGCAAAGGUUAUUAACAAACCUGAACACAACAUUCGUUCCAAAAAUGUUCAAAGGACCUUCCAGUAAUGCUAAUAGAAUGAUUCUCUGGUCUUUAAAGAUGCUCUCAAAACAUUAACGUAAAAACUUUAUUUAUCCAUUGUUCAUAAAUGCUUUUGUUGGACAUUAUCUAGCAUUUUUUUAAAUGCUAAAAUGCAAGGUUUUAAACAUGCGUUCCUCUGGUAACGUUUACGGAAUGUUCGUUCAAAGUUGGACGUUACUGUAACAUUUUUUAAAUGUUGCUACUUUUAAGUUUCAGAACAUUCGGAGAACAUCCAAAAGUAACGUUUCCAUAACAUUUGCAAAAUGAUCAGAUAGAAUGUUCCAUUAACGUUCACGUAACCAACAAAAACCUUUAUAAAACGUUCAUGUUUCCCAAUAGUCAAAUAACUAUUUAUUCAUUGUUUCAGACUAUUUUAGGUUAUUCGGUCUUUCUAAACAUUAAUACAAUAAUGCAAUGAUAGUGAAUAACGAUUAAAAAAAGAGCAACAUUGCAGAAAAAUACUGUUCGUCGCUUCAUGUUGACUUUAAAGCGUGACUGUAUGAUUGUCAUUUGUUUUGCUUUGUAAACCGCAGAAUCAAAUUGCAGAAGGUUGUUGCCGAGGGGAAGAGAGACCGUUAGUGUUUAACUUGACCUACCAUUUCAGUGUUUGCCAUCGGCAGCUUGAAGUUACUCCCUGAACGAGAGACGAUUGACUGACGGGGGAGUGUGUGUCGUCCACUAAUCAGCCGUUACUGGUGUGGAGAAUGGAGAGGUCAUGUGACCACCGUCUCUCUCACACACACGCGCGCACACACACACACACACCUCACUGUGCUUCCAACAGCUAAACCUCAUGUGUCAUCCAACAUGUUACUCUCCAGCCGUUAUUUAUGGAAAAACAUCAGUGUAAUUUAAUCUAUUUUACUAUAUUUAUAUAUAUAUUGUACAUAUGUGUACAUACAGUACCACGAAUGAAGUGUAUAUAUGCUGUCGGUUAUUCUUGUUUUUUUCUCAAGUUUACUCAACAUGUUUGAAAUAUUAAAAUAGCUUUAGAUGUCCCUCGGUGUGUGUUGGGGCCCCUGAUCGGCCCAUCUGGCUGUGAAUGUCAAACUGAGCACAAGGUUAUUUUCGGCUUGUGAUCGGCCCUGACACACACACACACACACACCUUUCACCUUACUACUAAAAUGCUAUACUCGAACUCGAAAGGGGUGAAGCGCUCCUCAUGUACAAGAGGCCAUUCUUGCGAAUGAUACGCUCUUGUUUCAGUGAAACACUAUGUAUAUAAUCAUGUAAUUAAUAUCUAAUAAAGGUUCAUGAUAACCCA